AUGUGUCGCCAGCCGAAUAUGCUGUUCUCAGCAAUACUAGCAUGUCUCUGGCUUUCCUUGGGAUCAGUACACGCUGCUGCCUCCCCUCUGGUUCUGGAUCUGGUUGCAGAGCACCGAACAAGAUGGAACCACAACUCACGUCUUGCUCGGCGCAGAAGCGGUCCCGUCGCCGUUGACAUCGACGGCACCGCAGUCUCCUACUAUGCGAAUGGUUCGCUUGGAACACCUCCGCAGGACAUCCGAUUCAUUGUCGACACCAAUUCAGCAGAUCUUCUUGCUCUUGCACGGGCAAAUCCAGCUUGCGAUGGAGGCGCGUGCUCAUAUGGCGGCACGUACAAACCAAACUCGUCAAGCACCUACAAUUAUGUGACAAGUAAUUUCUCGAUCACGUUCGAAGAUGGGUCCACUUCUCGGGGGGACUAUGCGACUGAUAAAUUUACGAUUGGAGGCACCGAAAUAGAUAAAAUGAAAUUCGCGAUUGGAUAUGAUGGAAAUUUGACCGAUCCCAUCCUAGGCAUUGGCUACAUUGGACUGGAACAAAGCAAGUCAUCCUAUGCCAAUCUCCCUGUUCGCAUGUUCAACAAGGGUCUUUCCAACAUCGUUGGCUAUAGCCUAUGGUUUCAGAGACCGUCAAAAUCAAGUUCUUCCACAGCACGGCUCGUUUUCGGUGGGAUUGACACAAAUCAAUUCUACGGCACCCUGGAAACGAUUCCUAUCGAUAUGAAGCAACUUCAAUAUCAGUACGUCACGGUUCAGCUCUCUGGCCUUGCCGUGACAACGGGCAAUCAAACCACGAAUAUUACAAACUCUCCCAGAGACAUUGUCCUGGACUCUGGCACUACAUCUCUUGUCCUUCGCUCCAAACAAGUGUCCAAGAUUGGAGAUUUGAUCGGUGCAAUCAAUGACACCUCCAUUGGCGGUUAUUACGUUAAAAAAUACGCUGAGCUUGAUAAUAGUACGGUUGUCAAUCUGAGAUUCGGCGCAACAAACAUAUCUGUCCCACUCCCGGAUCUUGUCCUGGCCUACAAUGACACGUGGGCACUUCUUGAUGUGUUCGCGUCUCCAGAUCCUUCAGGCAUCGAAAUCCUCGGCUUACCAUUUUUCCGCAACGCCUACACGGUAUUUGACUACUCGCACAACCAGGUAUCUCUAGCACCACUUGUUCAUGGAAAUACAGCGUCCAAUGUCACGAUGAUAAAUCAAAAUGGCGUUGCUGGUCUGACAGGAGUUUCCUUGUCUGAUAAUUCCAGCGGUGGCGAUGGCCUUUCGACCGGGGCCAAGGCCGGAAUAGGAGUCGGCGUUGCACUUGGUGUUCUACUGAUCCUGGGCUUGAUCUUAUUCUUUUCCUUCCGCCAUCGUCGAUCCAAACGCAAGGCUGCUGCGAAAGACGACAACCCCAACGGGAUGGGUAAAGCCGAACUCCCCGCGGCCGAGAACGAAAGACCGCUCGCCGAAGAGUAUGGUUCCAAUCUACCACAUCAACCCGGUGGCGAAUUGUCUGGUUCUGUACAACCGCCACCAGCUGAGCUGUACCCUGGCCUGGGCAAUUCUGGAAAAGAUGGUCAACAUUUCGAACCGCAGGAAUUACUGGGUGAUGUGCCCAGACCUCAGGAGUUGGCUACGGAACAUAAUCUGUCAGGUGCUGGAGAACAGCGCGGUGUAACGGACAGCGCAGUGUCUGAUUUGAGCGGAGCGACACCUAGUCGAGUGGCGGAAUAG